CAAGUUUUUGCUGCUGAGACUAAUCUAGAAUUGCAACUUUUCAUCAACUCAACUACUCUUUUAAAAGCAUCUGAUUUUGAUAUAAAUAGUUCAUCGAGUGUACCUUUCACAGCAUUGGAUGUUUUCAACAUUUCUCCAACUGCCAUUAGCCCUUUAUUUUCUACCACCAGAGCAAGUCCUAGUCUUAUGGUGAGAUUUUAAUCAUAAAAAUAAAUUAUCCAUGCUGUGGAUUAUAUCAAUAACUUAGGCUGUAAUAUUUCACAUUCAAAUGGAAAUGUAUUUAUUUUUAAAAUUAUUUUAUCAGAAACCACUUCUUUAAACAAAAUUUUUGUAUACAUCUGCCAGGAAAAUCCAACACAUUACUGUGUUAAUUUUGUAGCAAAUCUAACUCAAGCUAAACCUCUGUGUACUUACAUGGAAUCAGCAUUUGAUACACUAUUGAAGUUUAUUUUGAAACAGCUGGACCAACACAUUUGUGGGUAAGUGGUGCAGCUUUUGUGAGUAAGCAGCAUGAUAAGAAGAUAAUGUCCACAUAACAUGAGCUUUUAAUUAUGUUUCAAUCAAGUUUUUUAAAAAAGUAUUGUUGUUAGUCUCUGAAAUCAGACGAUAAACAUUAUUUUUCAGGCUGCCUAAACAAUGUUAUUGAAAUUUUAAACCUUUCAAAGAGAUUUAGAGUUAGACUAGUAUUAAUAUUAUUCUACUUUUUUAUAAAUAUUGCUGAAAAUGAGUUCUAAGUUAUAAAUUAUUAUAAUAAUAAAUGUAAAUUUAGGCCCCUGGCAUUGCUUUAGUUUUUUUCAUCCAACAUUCAGUUCUUUAAGAAGUAAUAAAAUUUAUUUCAAAUUCAUUAGAAAUGCCAAAAGUAGAUACCAUUACACAAAGAUUUUAUACUGCUCCAUACUUGUUGACCACCUGAAAUGUAUGCAGGAUGAAGGGAAGGAAUUUGACAUAGACACUUUACCCAGAUUUCAUGCAGUGUCUGAAACUAUUAGAGAAUUGUGUGCUACUAAUGACAGUAAGUUCUUGGUACUUUAAAAAAUUUUUUAUAUAGAAUAAUGCUUCUUUAAUUGCCAUUAUGAUGUCACAAUUUUGCCAGUUAUGAUUUAGAACUAAGAUUAUUAUGUGUUUUAAAAUUUAAAAUGAAUAUGUCCUCAUUCAUUAACUCUUUUCAUUUCUCUUAUACAGAGAGUGUAAUUUUAUAUACCUAUUUUCACUAUAUUUUCACUCAUAAAAUUUAAGUAGUUUUUAUUUUUUAAGUAUUCUAUUUUUUUGUAAUCAUACAAUUGGAAGAAUUUUUUUAAAAAAGCUUUAAAAAUUAAAAGAUUUUAAUAAUUUUGAUUUGUUUUGCAAGUUUGAGAAACUUGUGACAUGGCUAAAGUAGAGUCUUGGGCACAUUUUUCUUAGAUGCAACCGCCAUGAAAAUGAUUAUUAGUGUUCAAAAUAUGAAUCAAUUUCUAUCUGAAUCUUCUGAGGAAGAUAAUUGAGAACCCAUAUUUUGAGGAUAAUUUCCCAUUGCAGUCCUUCGUUUAGUGAAUGCCAGAAGGUUAGUUUUCAACUGUUUCAUCAUUAUAUGUUUUCUGAGUUUUGUUAUAAUAUUUAUAAAUGUAUUGGUGUAGUUUUUUUGUUUUUUUUAAGCUUAUUAAAAUAUUUACGGGUCGUUUUAAAGUGAAAUUUCUUAAAUUUCAUCAUUUCAUGUGUAAAUAUUUGAGUACUGUACAUUAGAUAAUAGUGAAGAAUGUAAAUGAUGCAUUUGGAGCUACUUUUGCUGAUAUAUUUCAUCCUAAAGAAUAUGAAUUUUGACAUCUGUGUGUUGUAAAUUAUAAAUAUUCAAUCAUAGUGUAUUUUAAUUUGAAAGUCAUAAUGGUAUUUACACAACAUUGGGAGCUAUGAAAACUGGAAAUAUUAGUCAAUUCAAGUAUUAGUAGACAUAAGCGUACAUACUUCUUAUUCAUUUCAUCCCUCACAGUAUCAUAUAUUAUAUUAGUUGUUCUUUUACAUUCACAGGUUAAACUCAUAUGAUGUUCAAGAUGAUGACCCAACAGUUCCCAUUCCUAAAUUUGUCUAAGCCAGAAAUCUGCAGGAAGAAAGCCAGACAGCUGCAGGAAGAAAGCCAGAAAUAUGCAGGAAAAAAUAUCAACAAGGGAUACAAUGGAGGCAGUUUCUUCAUCCUGAAGACAUUUUCAAGAUAUUUUGUACACUUGAUUUGGUUGAAAAAUUAUGAAAAUAUACCUGCUUUCUUCUACCAUGAAACUUUCUAAACCUUCAACAAACAGAUGUAUUAUACAAAUGUCUUGGAUCUCUUGAUGUACAUGACAACUGUAUAGGACCCUGGUUUACAAAAAUACUGGUCAACUUUAACACUACCAUGGAUUUUGGGCUAUUGCCUUUAUGCCUAUAAUACAAAAUUUCUGACUUUAUCAGAAGAAAAUGUAAAAAUAAAAGAAAGCAAGGGGAUAUGUGAUGGAAAACAGAUAAUGAACUCAUAAAUGUUCAGUGGAGAGCUAAUAAAAUAGUCUCUCUUAUUUCAAAUUAUAUUACAGAAAAUGGAUUUUCUUUUGAGAACAGAACCAAAACUGAUGGUGUAUUAAGCAGUUAUUGGUGAGACAGCCAAAUAUUCAUACAUUUAAAUGAUACAAUUCAUUCAUGUGUGAUGCUGACCGGUUGAUAAAUGGAUACAGUAGAACCCGGCCUCGGGGUUUGCCAAAAGGCGUCGAGAUGACCGAUGAUCGAGAUAAAUGAAAACUAAUAUGGCGGCAAAAUAUAUUAACAUAUGCUUGAAAUUUUUUUAUGUACAUGAUGUGCUUUUAUAAAUGAGAUGUAGGCUACAUGCACAUCAAUUUGUUUGAUGAAGCGAUCGGCAUGCUAUAAAAAUGUACAUACAUGCUUGCUAACAACACAAGGCAUAUGUGGGGGUGCCACUUUUCCGGAUUAUCCCAGAAUUCCGGGUUUGUAAGGCUAAAUAUUUUUCAGCUCCGGAUUCACGAGUUUUAUAUUCUCCCGCUCCGGAUAGGUCAGUUCAGUUUAUUCAAAUACGGAUUCUGGGUUUUAAACAAAAUCAACGUGUAAGAACGCGUGAAAGCCUAUUAAGUGUCAAGCGGGUUCGCUAUAAAUAGAACAGGUACUGCGACCUUUUGUUAGCAAGCCUCUCGCUCCUAGCUUCUUGCUGUUUCAAGUUAAUUGAGUGCACAACAAUAUUGUUAUUUCAUUUCAAUUACUACAGCUUGAAAUAGGCAUGCUUCUGUUGUAUAUAAUUUUCAAAAGCCGGCAAUUCGUCAUGGGGAUCGAGAUAACCGAGGUUAAGUGGCUAAUUUGGUCACCUUUUGUGCUCGAGAUAUCAGGGUUUGGCGACAUAAAGGAAUCGACAUAACCGAGGAGAAAAUGCAAAGUCAUAGAAUUUGGCUGUUCCACUUCAAAAAUGUUGACAUAACAGGGUUGGCAAGUUAACGAGGUUGAGAAAAGUAGGUUAGACUGUUCAUCACCCUAUCAGCACUCAAACUAAACUGAAAGUAUAUCAGGCGGCUGUUCUCCCUACGCUUCUCUAUGCCUGUGAAACGUGGACGGUAUACCAAUGCCAUGCAAGAAUGCUGAACCACUUUCAUGCAACAAGACUCAGAAAAAUCCUCAACAUUAAAUGGCAGGAAAGGGUCCCAGACACUGAUGUGCUCACACGGGCAGGUCUCCCCAGCAUCUUCACAAUCUUAAGGAAGUUCCAGUUUCGCUGGGCGGAACAUGUUGUGAGAAUGUCAGAUGACCGUCUGGCCAAAAGAAUUUUCUAUGGUGAGCUUGAACAAGGAAAGCGGUCUGCUGGCGAACAGAAAAAACGCUUUCAAGACAACAUAAAAGCCUCACUGAAAGCAUUCAACAUAAAAUCAGACACGGAGGAAAAAGCAAAGGAUCGAACUUCAUGGCAUUCCACUUUACACAGGAGCUCCAUGCAACAUGAAGUUGGCAGAACAGCGGCUGCUGAGCGCAAGAGACAUGCCAGGAAGGCCCAGUCUGACUCUGCUCCCGGAUAUGCGCCAUCAUUCCCCUGCACUUACUGCACAAGAGAAUUUCAUGCCAGAAUCUGCCUGAUUAGCCAUCUGGGUACCCACAGACAGAACUAGCACAAACUCUGAUGAUUUAAGUGGUCAUGGUCGACUCCCAACUGACGAACAAUCAUAUCACCCUAAUGAAAACAAAACAGUACUGGAUAAACCCUAUUUUUUAUUUUUGUUGAAAUAGCCAGCUAUGGAGGGUUGAAUCCUGACAUAGAUGAACUAAAGCUACAUAAUUGUUAACUCCAAAUUGAUUUCACUCAGGAACUUAUUGUUCCAAGUGCCUCAGAUGUAAAUAACACCAAAUACAAUAGAAUACAUCCAAUAGUUCUGGAAUGUAAAGAUUUCAAAAGAAAUUAUCAAGUGUGCUAUAAAUUACGAACUCAAAAAAAAAAUAUUUAAAAAUCCACAAUCAAAUGUAGCACAUGUGACACUAACUUUUGUUUUAAUCAAAUAAGAAACUGUCUGAGUACCAUAAAGUUAAAAUUGUCUACUGAUAUGUUUUGUUGUGUGUAAUUUUAAACAGGUAAAAUAAUAAUAACCAGUAAUUUUUGAACACUUUGUGUGUAGGGGUGGUGAAAUUUUUUUUUUUUAAAUUAUCAUUAAAUUUAUUUUUUUUGGACACAUUUUAACAAAUCUAAUAUAUUUUGGUCCUAUGUUCAUAAAUUGUCCUGAUUUCUUCAAAUGAAAUUCAAAAUGAAUUUUCUCUUUGAAUAAAUUGAUUUUAUGAAAACAUUCACGGUAGUCUGUGUUUGUUUGUUUUUUCUUCUUGUAUAUGAUCAUCAAAACGUUUCAUUUCACAUUUUCAUUAAAAAAUUAUUCAUUAAUAUCCUCACAACUUCUAAGUGUUUUUAAUUUAUAUGUUUAAAAACAAGAAUUUAUAGAAGCCUCCUGCAUUUCUCUACAAAUUUAUUUACAACUUUAUGAACUUUAGACAUGGAUUCUAAAAGUAAUUGACACUUUUGUAAGGAACCUAGAUAUGUCAUUAAAAAUAUGAAAAAUUCAAGGAAUGUAAAGAGUAAUUAAAAUUGUGUGACUAAUCCUACAGAAAUGUUAGUGUAAAAAUUAUCAUCCAUAAUUAAAUGUGAGACACAAGUAAUGAUAGGAUUAGUUAAUACAGAAGAGGCUGAUCUUGUAAUGGUGACCAAAUUCUGUUUGUUUCUACAUUUGUAGGAUUUAACUGAGAACUAGCUGUGAGGUAAUAUCCCUUCUAUCUAAAACUUUUCUGUACUGAGCCCACUUGAAAUUUCUAAAAUUUUGUGGCACACCUUUCAAUAUUCUUAUAUGACCUCAUACCUGAAAAAACAUUAGUCCUAUAAAUUGUAUACUACCAUAAAUAAAUUUACAUAAUGCUUUAAAUCAGUGGUUCCCAAACUUUUUGACUAUUAGAGUUCUUUUUACAGUCAAUAUAUUUAUGGGAGGCCUUUUAAGCCUACAUUUGUCUUACCAGUUUAUAGUGUUUAGGAGUUUCCUGGAGCAUCUGAUGAGCUAAUGAGAAGUGUGUGCUGAUCACAGGUUUGGAACCACUGCUUUAAAGGAUUCAAUAUUUAAAAUUCAUUUUGCAGCACAUUUGAACUGGCAUGGUAUCGCAUAAGUUUGCGGUAGCACAAUGACUAAAAAAAACAUUGAAUUUGAAUGUUGCUAAUAGUUUGAUAAACUUUUUAAAAUCCAUUCAUCCACCCCUGUGGUGUUACAACCCAUGUAGGGCUUUGGCCUGCCUCACCACUUCCACUCAGACUUAACUGAUGCUUUUCUUUUCCAUGCUUGGCUUCCCAGCUGCUAAAGAUCUUUUUCCACAUCAUUCAUCCAUCCAAGUCUAGGUCUGCCUUUGGUUUUGGUGGUGCCCCCUCUUCACUCCUCUUGUCAUUCUUUCUAAGUGUCCUUCCCAGUGUAGCCUUCCCUUUUUUUAUUUCUGCUAAUAGCGUGGGAUCCUGAUAUAGACUUUAAAAUUCCUGGUUGGUUUGUAUUCUCUAUUAAUCAUCAUUUCUCGGUCCAUAUAUUUUCUGGAAAACUUUUCUCUCCCAUGUGUUUAAUAGAUUUUCUGCCGUUUUUGUUAAUACUUGCAUAUGUAACAAGUGGUCUGAUUACUGUUUUAUAAAUAGUUUUUUUUCUUAUAAUGAUUUUACUUUUUGUGAUUACUGAAGCAUGCCCUUUUUCCAGCCAUUUUCUUUUUUUUAUUUCUGUUAGUAAUUCAUUUUUUUAAAGGAUCCUAAUCCUAGUUAUUUGAAUUGAAUUAAUUUUUCAAAGUGUGGUUUCUAAUUUUAAUGGUUUCAUCUGUUUGUUCUUCUCUUAACAAAGCCGUGUAUUUAGUUUUUUGGUUGUCAUCUUCCAUCCCUGCGUGUUAGUGAUUUUAAAAUAGUAGAUGCAUUUUACAGGUAUCAAUAGACAGUGUUUACUUGGGCACAUGUCUGAUGUUUCACAGUGUAUUCAAAUGGAAGUCAAGUCGAUUCUAAAGAUGAAGAAUACUCCAUGGACUUAUGGAGCAUUGGAUAAAUGCAGGUACUCUCAUAGUAUCAUUUAACUCUUUAGAAGCCUAGAUCAUAUCUUUAAACAUAUGUCAUUGAUGUAUUUCAAAAUCUGAAAUUAAUUUCUCACGAGUGAAAGUGACUCAUUAGAGGCAGACAAAAUAAGACUCCAAAUUAUGUAUGAGCCCAUGAGCCAUUGUGACACAGACAUACUGUAACUCAAGAGUCUCAAAUCAUGCGGGGGCCGCAGGAGGUAGAGUCUGAGUGAGACUGGGCCGCAUUAAGUAUUCCACAAAAAUGCUAUUACAAAUUCAAUAAAGUACAACUGUUACAAUCUGCUCAACCUUUAUAAAUAACAAAUAAAAACAUUAAGGUUUCUCAAGAACUAGACUUCACUUUCUUCUUCCUACUCCUUGUUGCCAGAGACCUGUCAGCACUCCUUACACAGCUUAGAAACAUUUGGCUUGAGUGAGGAAGCAACUGAGACCCUCAGUAUAGCUUGAAAAUACUCAUCAGUAAGUUUUGCCCUGAACUUUGCCUUAUUAAAGUUCAUAGUGGAAAAGAACUUUUCACACAGAUAGGGACUCCCAAAAUGGCACAUGAUCCUUUGAACAACCUGGAAAUCUCAGGGAAGGUGGAGGGCAAUGCUCUCAUAAAUUAUCCAUGCUUGUCCGUUUGUCCAUUCACCUCCCUGAACUUAGACUUGAGUUCAAAAUUGCAUUUAAGUUUAAGAUCAAUCGGCUCCAUUUGAAGCCGUUGUUAGGGGGGGGGGGGGGGGGGGGCCCCCCCGAAUCUCCCACAUUAAAUGAGAAAGGGUCAGCAAAAAUUUGAAAAGUGGCUCUGUGUAUUUUGAAGUCUAAAUAUGUGAUCCAAUUCUUCCUGUAGCUUUGCAAUGGCAUCAGUGUAACUACUACUGAAUGGUGUGCCUGAGUCCAUGAGUACGUUGCAUGUUGGGAAGUGGCAGAGGACCAUAACAAAAGUUUUGUGCAGAAUGCCCUGACAUUGUCAUAGGCAACACUGACAAGCUACCCCUGGUCUUGUAACUUCUUGUUGAGUACAUUCAGCGCCUGUGUAAUGUGAACAAGAAAAGCCAACCCCAUGAGCCAUUUGGGAUCACUUAGUACAGGAACAACCACCCCAUCCUUCUCCAUGAAGACUAAAACAUGUUCAAACAGUAGGCAGGAGCUGGCUAUAUUUAUGAAUUAUUGAUGCGAAGGAAGAUGCUGUUGUAGGGAGAAUGAAUUUUGAUUUUUUUUUAUCGUAGAAAAGGCCUUUUUGACUAACCCUAUUUCUUCUUCUAUAUCUUAAGGGCCCACGAUCAAUUUAUUGAUCAUUUUGGCUCCUAUGCAUGUAGUUGGGAUUUGCAAUGUUUCUGUUACUGGUGUUGAUGAGGAAAUCAUGCACUAGGGGUUUGAAGGCUUGAGGCAAUAGACACUAGACACAAAUGUGUCUAGUGUUGUCGCCUCAACCAUUCCUUUUGAAAAAUUGUUCCAGUCCCUGAUUGUCUUGGGCAGGAAUGAGCAGCUCCUAUACUGGCUUCUUGCUGGUAUGAGCCUGAAUUGCCUGUCAUGGCCUCGUCGCUGUCUAUGGGGGAGAGGGACGAGUUUCUGUUAAAUACCGGAACAGUGGACCAGCCCAUUAUUUAUCUUGUACAUCAUGGAGAGCCUGGAUUGUCGUCGUCGUUUCUCCAAUGGUGACCAGCCUAGUGUUUCUAGCAUGCUGCCAACACUAGAGGUAUUCAUCAUGGAGAGCCUGGAUUGUCGUCGUCGUUUCUCCAAUGGUGACCAGCCUAGUGUUUCUAGCAUGCUGCCAACACUAGAGGUAUUCCUGUAGCGGUUUAGGACAAAGCGUGCUGCUCGUCGCUGGACAGCCUCCAACCUGUCAAUGCUCUUCUGGGUAAAUGGGUCCCAGACUGAAGAUGCAUAAUCUAAAAUCGGACGGAUAAAGGCUUUAUAUGCUCUUUCUUUCACACAGGAGUUGCCAAUCUUUAGAUUUCGCCUUAAGAACCAUAGGAUCUUGUUUGCUUGGUUACAUACAUUGUUAAUAUGCUCGUCCCAGCAGACCUCUCUUUGAAUGGUAACACCCAGGUACUUUACGGAGGAAACUUGCUCAAGUAUAUGGCCGUGCAGUUCGUAUUGGUAGUGUAGAGGAGUACAACUUCUAUUUCGAAAGUGAUCAAGCUGACAGGCUCGGAAUUUCCCUCACUCGUAAAUACUAUUGGCAAUUUUAAUAGGGAUUCUUUGAUGCUGUGUCAGAUUGUUAUGGUUUACGCAAUUAUGGUUGCGCAUUACCCAUUAACUGACUUUUAAAAACUUUUCUAAAAAUCGCACUUUGGCCAUGUUUGUCUCAUAAAAUGCUUUAAAAUAAAAACUUUUAAUAUGAUUUUAAAACAGUUUUUACCAGUGUAAUCAACAUCCAAAUAUAUACAAACAUAAUAAAAAUCAGAAUUAGACUAUUCGGUGAGAUUCCACUGAAACCGUUGCGGAGGGUCACAUUAUAGAUAUGAGAAUGGGGAAAACGCAUGGGCCGCUACACUAAACUUUGCUGUCAUGUAGCGGGCAGCAAAAUAUCAUCUUGCAGGCCGCAAAUGGCCUGCGGGCUGCGAGUUUGAGACUCCUUCUGUAACUUGUUGUCCAAUGGGAAAAUAGUGGAGCUUAUGUUGACUUUACUCUAGUUUUUUUCUUUCAUUUUAAAAUGUCCUGUAAUUUUAAACCAAAAAAACAACAUGAAAGCAAAUUACACAAGACACAAGUUAAAUUUCCUCCAUGAUACUUAAAAGUAAGUUAAUUUCAAUUAUUUAAAGCUCAUGGCACAUUUCUUUUGUUAUAUUAAGCACAACCAUAUCUAACAAAAACAAAACUAACACGCCUGUUCAGCUGCGUGCCUACAUUUUUAAUGAAUAGCUACAAGCAAAAUCAUAUGGCCUCUCACAUCUCAAUGCCAGAAACACAGAAACACUCUCACUUUGAUUACUGCAUCUUAGGCAGCAUUAAGUUGUUCAACGAAAUUUUAAUGAUUAACUUUCACUUUACUGUUGACAUUUUCUGUUCCCCAGCCAUUUGGAAAUAAAAGUUUUGUGCAUGUGGGAAGAGUUACUGUCUUGUGAGGAGAAAACAUCAAGUAUAAUGACAAAUCUUAUUGUUGUGCUGUUUAGUCCACAAGUUUGCCUACGUUCAGGAGCUGUUCUAGUGCAAAGUUUAUGUGGUGCAACUCUUAACCUCGUGGUCCUAAUGAUGUCAUAUUUUUUCCACUCGGUUUUUUAAAUUGAUUUUUAUGGGUUCUUAAAAUUGAACUUCAUGUGCAUGACGUAAUCAAAUCAAGUAUUCAGGAUCAUUUAAAGGAGUUGUGAAUAAGUGGGGAUGCUCUCGUUAUAAAAACCAGAUAUUUGAAAUGUUAAGGAUUAAUCUAUCUUGUCUAAAGAAUGUAUAUGAGUGAAACAUGUUGACAUUGAUGACCAAUGAAACAAUUUUAUGCAUUGUGUGAAAAUUAAUCCGCCUUCAGAUUUGCAAUGUCUUUUCUAUCUAAUAAAAUAUUUAAUUUAAGCUUUACUCAUAAAUUUGUCAACCUGAAAAUGGAUUAUUUCUUUUAAUUAUUUUGGUAUGCAAUUUAAAAUAGUGAAAUUACCAUACCUUUUUUUUUUUUUCAUAAUAAAUUUCAUUUUUUUUUUCCCCAUUUAUUUUAUUUUACUUUUACACAAUAUUGGAGAAUUUUUAGCAUUGAAAAAAUAAGCUAUUUAUUAUAUUUUCUAUCUAAUAAAAUAUUUAAUUUAAGAUUUACUCAUAAAUUUGUCAACCUGAAAAUUGAUUAUUUUUUUUAAUUAUUUUGGUAUGCAAUUUAAAAUAGUGAAAUUACCAUACCUUUUUUUUUUUUCAUAAUAAAUUUCAUUUUUUUUUUCCCCAUUUAUUUUAGUUUACUUUUACACAAUAUUGGAGAAGUUGUAGCAUUGACAAAAUAAGCUAUUUAUUAUGUUAAUCCAUUUUGGCUAUCAUUCUUCACACAAUAUAUGAGAUGCAUAUUGCUUUUAAUACGAAAUGUAAUUUUUGUAUGAAAGCCUCAAAGCCACUCAAAUGUUUAAAGGUUAAUACUAAUACUUCCAUUAAUGCAAUACAAAAAAAUUUGAAAGUUAUGUAAAAGAUUCUUAAACAUCCAAGCUCAAUUUGGAAAUAAAAAUACAAUAUUGCAAAAUAAUAUGCUUUUGAGUACCGGUAAUAAACAUUUGUUAAACUUUCUUAGCUUAUAUUACAGAAAUAGGAAACUAAUUAGAAACAAAUAUUGGCAGUUAAAAAUAAAAGAAUUAAAUAACAAUGGACAAAAAUUGUGUCCUAGUUUAAAUGAUCAAUCAUUUGAUUGAAUAUAUAUACACGAAAACCUACAAGUAUUUAAUUUUAAAUGAGAGCAAUACUGGCUUAAUGUAUAAAGUUCAAAAUAAAUAAUAAAUAUAAUCUUUUUUUCAGAUUUUUGUAAAAUAUAGUAAAUAUGUAAGUGAGUCAUCUUAAAAAAAUAAAAGUACCAUAUCCCAAAAAGAAAUGUUCACAGCAUUGUUGUCAACAUAACAACAUUUUUUUGUGAGGCACCGGUAAUACAAUCAAAGUUUAAAAUUUAUAUAUUUUUUCCAUUCCACAUUUAAUUCUUAUUGAACUGUAUAGUGGCUCUCAAUGUCAUCAUUGAUGACAUGUGCAAGAUCAGUGAACUAGGAGGCAAGGUGACAGUGCAAUGGAUCCCAGGUCACGUCAACGUCAGUGGCAAUGAGAAAGCAGACACACUGGCAAAAACCGGGGCUGCCUAGCCUCAGCCAGAAGUACCACUAACUUAUUUGGGAAUAAAGAACUGACUGGCAGACCACUUCAGGCUGAAGUGGUACAGGCAACGAGCAGGCAAUACAACUGCCAGAGGCAUCUUUUUCAGAUUUGCCCACUCCUAGCACACAGGAAGCAGAGUUUAGUGAUGCAAAUGUGCACUGAGCAUUGCGCCAUAGGCACAUACUUCUGGCGGCUAGAUAACAAUAGGGACCCUACCUGCCGGCAUUGCAGCCUGGUCCUGGAGACACUAGGGCACCUGUUGACCGAAUGUCCCUCACUAUAUGUCCCAGGGAAACCAGGGGGGUUGGAGAGCCCUAUGUAAGGAAAAUGUUGUAUGACUCAGCAGAUGGAGCUGGUAGCCAAUGUACUAGCCAAGGUCAUAUGAGAGUAAUCUCAGACCUUCACCAGAAUAUAUGUGCUAGUGGCUCUCAAUACUGUAUAAGAAUGAACAACUAAAUUCUAGUCUUAGAUAGGUGGAGAUAAUUUUUAUUUCUUAUUUCUCGGUAUAAAAGAAAAUUAAAAGUUGUCACAGCUUAUAGUUUAAACCUGUUUUGAGAACAUUACAAAAUUAUAUUAAUAACAUGUAUUUUGAAUAAUGUGCCAACUUUAAUUUU